AUGUGGGCAUACCCUCAAACAAAUCUGGCGACUCUCCAGACACUCUCGUCUUCUUGCUUCUCGCUCUGCCUCUCUCUAUACACGAGAGCCGCGAGGCGAGACAGGUUUCCGGCGAGGAUCGACCAACGAAACGCGCGUGGCGGUUGCAGGAGGAUCACAGGCCUGCGAAACAUAGACGAAGAGAGAGGAGGAGGAGGAGGAAACAUGGAGGACGCGCUCAGCACCAUGCCUCUAGUGCUCCAGCAGCCCGAGAGAGGCGACGAAGAAAUGGACCCACGGGUCUGGAAAGGCCUGCCGAACGAGUUGCAAGACAGAGUCCUCGCAUGCCUCCCGGUUCCCCUCUUGCUGCAGUUCCGCCUGGUCUGCAAGCGCUGGAGGGACGUGAUCGUGUCUCCCGCCUUCACCAAGCUUCGAGCAGAAGCUCCUCACUGUGGGCCUCACUUCCUCAUCUUCGAAUUUCACAAGCCCGAGAGCUUGGCAGCCUAUGAUCCCUGGCUGGAGAGAUGGCACUUCUGCCCACCCCCGUCGGUCCCAUUUCUAAAAGCCGAGGUCAUGUCGGUCUGCGCGGACGGGGGCCUCCUCUGCGUGGUCAUGCGCCGGACGUGGUUCGCAGGCCCCGCCAGCAUUCUUCUCUGCAAUCCUGUUACAAGAACCUACAAAGAGCUCCCCGAGACAUCCAUCGACACCGAACUCUCUGCUCGAGGGCGGCUCUGGAAACCUAUUUUGGUGGCUUUGGUUGUGGAUCAGGCAUCGAAUUCCUUUAGAGUUAUUGCCGCGGGCUCGAGCACGUGCCCUCACAACUGGAUGCAUUCGAGGACCUGUCUUUGCCGAGUGACAGAGGUUUAUGAUUCGAGGACGAACAAGUGGGAGAUGGCUGGAUACUUUCCCUGGGUGGAUAACGAACCUGGGUACUUUUCUCGCAGGCACGCAGUUUGUGGGGAGAAUCUGUACUGUGUAGAAUUUGGGGAGGAUGGGUACAAUGAUCUGAUGAUGGUGUUCAAUUUGAAGCGGAUGGAGUGGACUAAAUCUCCCGUUCUGCUACCGCAUCUUGAAGGUGAGCACAUAUUGCUUUUUGAGAGGCGCGGUGCGCUCGUGCUGGUGCAGAGGGUGGAGAAGAAUCACGGACUGCCUGCCGUGCACACGUGGCGGCCUUCGACCAACGAGUGGAAAUUGGUGCCUACUCUGCUGCCCCGGAAUGGUAGAAAGUUUGAAGAGCUGUUCCAUUUUGACGACGAUUUGUUCUGGGUUGGGCAAGGGGAUCACUUGUUUUUUGUUUCUCCUAAAUGGGAUCAAGCCGUGAUGUAUGAUAUCUCCCGAAAGAAGUGGACCAUCACUCCCCAGAGCAGGUUCCUCCGGCAACAUUGUCAAUCCGUUCUGCCGCUCCCUUUUGACUUCAACCUGCGAGUACAGAGUGCCGAUUCCAUCUCUGGGCAAUCUUGGUUGAAAUAUUGA